AUGAUCGGGACUCGUGUACCCUUGACGGGGCGCACGAGUAUUGAGGAUUCUGCUGUGCGUGCUGGUGGGCCUAGUCCUCCUGUUGGACAGCUCAUCCCUAUCGGCAUGGUUGUUGAGGAUUCCUCCGUGUGGUUCAACCAAACGAUCCCUAGUUGGAUUGUUCCCCCUCCCCAGCACUUGGACACUUGGAUGCGGAAACUCGGAUAUUUAUAUUUGGAUAUGUCGGAACCCGGCCACCUUUAG